AUGUUCGAGAUCUUGAAGGGCUUGGAUCACAUGCACCGGAAUGGCAUCUUCCACCGGGAUGUGAAGCCUGAGAAUCUGCUUCUCCUGGAUGACGAGAUCAAGCUUGCUGAUCUGGGGAGCUGCCGCGGGAUCUACUCGCGGCAGCCUUUUACCGAGUAUAUCUCAACCCGAUGGUAUCGUGCUCCUGAGUGUUUGCUCACGGAUGGCUAUUAUGGGUUCAAGAUGGACCUGUUCGCUGCAGGAUGCGUCUGGUUUGAGAUUGUCGCGCUGUUCCCGCUUUUUCCCGGCCAGAAUGAGUCGGAUCAGAUCCAGAAGAUUCACAACGUGUUAGGAACGCCUUCCCCAGAGUUGCUGGCCAGCAAGUUCAAGCGGAAUGCUUCGCACAUGGACUUCAACUUCCCAGAGAAGAAGGGCACGGGCAUAGAGCGCCUGAUCCCACAUGCCGAGCCGGAGUGCGUGGAGCUUAUGCAGAAGCUGCUGAGGUACGACCCAGAGGAGCGCAUCCUCGCUAG